UCAUCUUCCUCAUCCACCCACUUCAUUCUCAAAACUCGCUGAUCUGUUCAUCAUCAAGAAGCCAGCCAUGGCAGGGAAAUAUGGCCGCGACUGCGGCGACGGCUGCUGCUGCUGCCUCCUCAAACUCCUCUUCGAAAUCAUCGCCGCGGUCCUCAUCAUCGUGGGCAUCGCCGCCCUCGUCUUCUGGCUCAUCUUCCGCCCCGUCAACCUGGUCAAGUUCCACGUCACCGAGGCUGAGCUGACCCAGUUCAACCUCACUGCCGGCAACUCCGUCCUCAACUACGACCUCCAGCUCAACCUCACCAUCCGGAACCCUAACAAGAAAAUCGGCGUGUACUACGACCGCCUCGAGGCGAGGGCCUUCUACGAGGACCAGAGGUUCAGCGUCGCCGACGUGGCUCCUUUCUAUCAGGGCCACAAGACUACGAGCGUGGUUAGCCCGGUGUUCGCGGGCCAGCAAGUGGUGGUGCUCGGGGCGACGGAUCUCUCCGGUUUUAACGCAGAUAAGACGGCGGGUGUCUUCAACAUCAAGGUGAAGUUGUAUUUGAGAUUGAGGUUCAAACUGGGUUCAUGGAAGACUUUCAGGUUCAAGCCCAAGGUCAAGUGUAGCUUGAUGGUUCCUUUGAGCUCCAACAAUGGCGGAUCGACUGUUAAGUUUCAGACUACCAAGUGCGAUAUCGAUUGGAAUAUUUUCUAAGUUAUAUGUCGGAUAUAUAUGAUUUUGAGGUUCACGAUUAUGUUUCCUUUUUGUCUUUUAAUUCAGCAUAUACUUUAUUAUUUUUGGAGAUCAUGUAUACUUGACACGACGUGCCCGGCCUGUGGAUCUUGCUUUUGCGUAUAUGCAUAUUGACACUUUGUGGUGCUUCUUAUUUGGCUU